GAUACCGAGGCUGAACCUACCCACACUUUUAGCUUGCUUUCUUAUGUUCUUGACGAGAAAGCAUUUUGGCACCGACCGCUGAGUCCACGAGAGCCAGAUUUAUUAACCUGCAGGGAGCUCAAUCUGUUCGAAGAAUGGAAGGUCUCUACCAAGGUUGAUGGUAGUGAAGGUCCAACCAGCAGUGACCCUAUCAGGACGACAGAGGACAUCACUAAUAGAAACAAAAGGACGACAUGCAUGUCCUUAAACGAGACGGCUGACAACUGCGUUGCUUUGAAAAAAAGGGCAAGGAUGUUUCAGAACACAGAUGAGCUGUCGAGCAACAUUCAUCAUGAGAUGCCACACACUUUAGGAACUGUAAGCGCAUCAUCACACGAGAAAGAUCAGUCAUCAAGCGACGCUAAUCUUGGUCAGAUCCAACAAACACCGGUCCAUGGCACCUCUUCAGCUACCAACAAAGACUUCCCAUGGGACGACCCUGAUAUGGUAGCGCAGUUGAUCGAGUCUACCGAUAGGAUUGAGGAAGAGUGGUUUUCACAACAAAGACAAACUCAGUAUACCACAUCAGUUACACAAGACAUCCACAUAUCAGAGAUCAAGCCCAAUGAGAUUUGUUGCAAUUUCACCUCAAAUCCAGUCGAAAGUGCUGUUUUCAGCGACAUUGUGUCACGAAUACCACCCCAUUCAAGGCAAAAGAGCCCAAGAAUAGUACAAAUGGGCUCGACAUGGGUUGAACAUAGGGUUUUUGGCCUGAGCAUGCAAGUGUAUGGCCGGGUCAAUAAGUACGUGAUCAAUAUGUUGGGAAAAGCAGUAAUGGCCGAGCAAACCGAAAAGGAUAGGCUCAAUCUUCUCCAGCGAAGUUACUGGUCAAGAUACUAUGUCGAAUGCGACACUGCUAAAUUAUUCCAAAAUGCAUUUGAAACUCCAUUGGCGUUAUCUGUUCACCUGAGGGAGACAAUGAUAGGAUUCCAUCUUGACCGAAUUCACAUGGUGUUUUUACCUUUAAGCUCAUACAGUUUCUGGUACACGGUUGUUGCUAACUUUAGGAAGAAAUUGUUCGAAGUCCUCUGCCCAAACAACAGAAUCGACUUGAUUGCUGACGAAGCUCAGCUUGUAAUCAAGAAUUUCAAAGCGGCUUUCAAGCUGGCAUACAAGAGAUCACAACUAAAUGUGACUGACAUGGGUGUGUCUUUCCGGAGUGUGUGCUCUUCAACUAAAGAGGCAGAUAGUGGGAUCUUCACAAUGAAGUUGGUACAAGGACAUGAUGGAGACAACACUUUGUGUUUCGAACCCGAGCAUGCAAAGAGCCUGCGCGAGAGUCUAACUUACUACAUGGUUGCUCACCCUUGCAAUGAAAAACUGAUGCCAGAAACCAAAGAAAUCUUAAGAAAAUAU